AUGCUGCGGCUGCUGAGGUCCAGCUGGGCCCGGGGAGCAGGGUCUGGGGCGGCCACGUGGCGUCCCUCUGCGGGGUUUUACUGUCCUGGGCGCCCCGGGAUCCGCCAGGCUUCAGAUACCCCACCCCCCCAGUCCCCCAGCUCUGAGUCACUGGUACAGCCGGUGGGCGUCUGUUCCAUGAUGCGCCUGCCUCUGCAGUCCUCCCCCAAGGGGCUGGACGCUGCUUUCGUUGGUGUGCCUCUGGAUACUGGGACUUCCAACCGACCUGGGGCAAGAUUUGGACCCCAUCGCAUCCGGGAGGAGUCACUGAUGCUGGGAGCUGUCAAUCCCAGCACAGGAGCCCUCCCCUUCCAGUCCCUCAGGGUUGCAGACCUAGGCAACGUGAACGUCAACCUCUACAACCUCCAGGACAGCUGCCAGCUAAUUCGAGAGGCCUAUCAGAACAUCCUGGAAGCUGGCUGCAUUCCUCUGACCUUGGAUGUGUCCUAUUUCCUCUCUGUAGGUGGAGACCAUACAAUCACAUAUCCCAUACUGCAAGCUGUGGCAAAGAAGCAUGGCCCCGUGGGUUUAGUGCACGUGGGUGCCCACACCAACACUACGGACAAAGCUCUGGAGCAGAAGGUCUAUCACCGGACACCUUUCCGCCGAAGCGUGGAUGAGGGGCUUCUGGAUGGCAAGCGAGUGGUGCAGAUCGGCAUCCGGGGCUCCUCCAGGACCCUGGAUCCCUACAGAUACAGUCGGAGCCAGGGCUUCCGUGUGGUCCUGGCUGAAGACUGUUGGAUGAAGUCACUGGUGCCCCUGAUGGCAGAGGUCAGGCAGCAGAUGGGGGGCACGCCUCUUUAUAUCAGCUUUGCCAUAGAUGCCUUGGACCCCGCCUAUGCCCCGGGAACGGGGACACCGGAAAUCGCUGGGCUUACCCCUAGUCAGGCUCUAGAGAUCAUCCGGGGCUGCCAAGGCCUGAAUGUGGUGGGCUGCGAUCUUGUGGAGGUUUCCCCGCCUUACGAUCUCUCUGGCAACACAGCCCUCCUAGCAGCUAACCUACUGUUUGAGAUGCUGUGUGCUCUCCCCAAAGUGACAACUGUCUGAGCGUGUGUUCCUGAAGGCAAGACAGACAGUGUCCUGACAAAGCCUCAAGGCCUUGUGAGCGAGCAGGGUAAGGAUCCAAAAAUGCUUUCUGUGGAGUGGCUGCAGGCAAGGACAAUCCGGAGCGCUGACCCACGCAGCUCAUGUUGCUUCCCUUCCUACAUUAAAUCGUUUAAUUUUGA